AGGUCAGAGUUUGGAGAGUGCUGGAGUCGACCGACGUCUGCUAGAGUGCGAGCGGCGCCCGGGCGAAAAUUCGCGCACAUUGCUGUGUUUGGCCGGAGCAAGAAAGACCCAAAUGAGCGCACCAAGGCACCGCAAAGGCGCCAAGGAACAUGAGUUUUGUGCACCGAACAACGCUAUUGGAUAUUCUUUGUAUUAAGCCCAAAAACUUCACGUUGUCUCGUUUCGACUUCCGCCCAUCAAGAACAUGAAAAUGAAAUCGAAGAGGAACAGCGCUCAGGUAAAGACGACCGCGAGAAGUUGGGUGGAGGCCAACUUUCAGAAGAGAGAGUGCAUCAAGUUCGUGCCCACCAAGGCCGACGAGCAUCGGUGCUGUUGCGGUCUGUCGCUGACGACGCACCUGACGGCCAGCAAGGCGGCAGAGGCGAGCGACAAGUCAAAAACCGGUCCACCACCCAAGCCCGGCGAAGAGCUUAUAUGGAUUCCCAUCAGACACACGCAGGCCAAACCCACCGACGCCUACGGCACCAUCGAAUUCCAGGGCGGACCUCAUCCCAGCAAGGCACAGUACGUGAGGUUGGCGUACGACACGCGGCCCGACCUGAUCCUGCAGCUGUUCACCAGGGAGUGGGGCCUCGAGCUGCCCAAGCUGCUGCUCACCAUCCAGGGCGGCAAAGCCAACUUCGAGCUGCAGGCCAAGCUGAAGAAGGUGCUCAGGAAGGGUCUGCUCAAGGCGGCAAAAACAACUGGCGCGUGGAUUUUCACCGGUGGCACAAACACAGGUGUGACGCGUCAGGUUGGCGACGCUCUGUUGACGGAGCGCGCGCAGCGCAGCGGCCGAGUGGUCAGCAUCGGCAUCGCGCCGUGGGGCAUCGUGGAGAACAACAGCGAACUCGUGGGCAAGAACCGGGACGUACCCUACCACUCCAUCUCUUCCCCGAGGUCCAAGUUUGCAGUGCUCAAUAGUCGGCAUGCUUACUUCCUUCUGGUAGACAAUGGCACGGCCGGACGGUACGGUGCCGAAAUUCACCUGCGGCGCCGACUAGAGAAAUACAUCUCGGCUCAAAAUUUGCAUCCCUCAAGACCCUCUUCUCCCCCUGACGAAGGCACCCACUGCAGCAUCCCUGUCGUCUGUCUGGUCAUCGAGGGCGGCACCAACACCAUCCGCGCGGUCCUGGAGUACGUCACCGACGACCCACCGGUGCCCGUCGUCGUCUGCGAUGGUUCGGGAAGGGCCGCCGACCUCCUCGCCUUCACACACAAAUACGCGUCGGAGGAUGGCGAACAGACAGUGCUGGAAAGCAUGAAGGAUUACCUGAUUAGCAUGAUUCAGCGCACUUUCGACUCUGGAAUCGAGCAGGCGGAGCAGCUCUACACCGAACUACUGCAGUGCACCAGAAAGAAAAACCUGAUCACAGUGUUCAGAAUCACUGACCGGCCAGACGAGAAGAUGCAGGAGCUGGACCAGACGAUUUUGACGGCGCUGUUCAAGAGCCAGCAUCUGUCGCCGUCGGAGCAGCUCAGCCUGGCGCUCACCUGGAACCGCGUGGACAUCGCGCGAUCCGAGAUCUUCGUGUACGGCCAGGAGUGGCCGAGCGGCGCCCUCGAGGAGGCCAUGAUGCAGGCGCUCGAGCACGACAGAAUCGACUUCGUCAAGCUGCUGCUCGAGAACGGCGUCAGCAUGAAAAAGUUUCUCACCAUCCCCAGGCUCGAGGAACUCUACAACACAAAGCAAGGACCAAGCAAUACGCUGGGCUACAUUUUAAGAGACUGCAGACCUCACAUACCUCGCGGCUACCAGUACACCCUCCACGAUAUCGGCCUAGUUAUUAACAAACUGAUGGGUGGCGCGUACAGGACCAACUACACGAGAAGAAAGUUUCGGGUGAUAUACGCCAAAGUGAUGAAACGCUCUCAGCAUGUCCACCGCAACAGCGCCUCGUUCAUGCGCUAUUACGGCAACGCCAACGUUACCCUGAGCUUACUCACAGAUGUGAUGCCCUUCAACGAGAAAGAUAUGCCUCCAAUCUUUGAUUAUCCGUUCAACGAGCUGCUGAUAUGGGCCGUGCUGACCAAACGGCAGCAAAUGGCUCUGCUGAUGUGGCAGCACGGAGAGGAGGCGCUGGCCAAAUCCCUAGUCGCCUGCAAGCUGUACAAAGCUAUGGCCCACGAGGCCGCCGAAGAUGAUCUCGAGACUGAAAUUUACGAGGAGCUACGCAACUACGGCAAGGAGUUUGAAAAUAUCGCUUUGGAUUUAGUCGACUUCUGCUACCGACAGGAUGACGACCAGACGCAGCAAAUGCUGACAUGCGAGCUGCAGAACUGGAGCGGACAGACCUGCCUCAGCUUAGCCGUGGCCGCCAACCACAGAGCCAUGAUCGCACACCCCUGCAGCCAGAUCAUCUUGGCUGAUUUGUGGAUGGGUGGGCUGCGCACGAGGAAAAACACCAACAUGAAGGUGUUUCUAGGCCUCACCUUUCCUCCUUACAUCAGCAGACUAGAGUUCAAAACGAAAGAGGAGUUGCAGCUGAUGCCACAGACAGAGGAGGAGCACAACACAACCAACAAGGACGAGAAUUUGACUGAAAAAUCCGAAAAAUCAGGAGGCGCCGAGCUCAACCGCGCUGAAACCAACGACGUUGAGAAAUGGCCACGAAUUUUAAGCAUCAAGUCCUCAAAGACGUCAAACCCGAUGGGGGUGAAGGCUCUUAUUGCAAAUAAUGCAAAUGUGCAGGAGAAUGGCAAACUGAAGGGGGAUGACGAUGACCAGUGCAGUGAACACUCUCCUCCACCUCUCGAGUUCUUCGACAUCAAAACGCACAAGCCGCUACGGCUCAGCAAGAAGCUCGAGGAAUUCUACACGGCGCCAAUCACAAAGUUCUGGGCUCAUUCGAUUGCCUACACAGUGUUCCUAGUUUUCUACAGCUACGUGAUUCUAGUUGAAAUGCAUAGUGUUCCGUCAUGGACUGAAAUGUAUAUCAUAACUUAUAUCUGCACUUUUGGAUUUGAAAAACUCAGAGAAAUCGCUUCAUCAGAGCCAGUUGGGCUAAGACAAAAAUUUGCGGUUUGGUCGUGGAACCUUUGGAACCCGAUGGACGCCGUGGUCAUCACCAUAUUCCUGAUUGGUCUGAUGCUGCGUCUGCAGUCAGAGACGAUGAUGAUUGGCAGGGCCAUGUUCUGCGUCUGCGUCGUCUACUGGUACCUCAAGAUCCUGACUUACGUCGGCGUCAACAAGUAUCUCGGACCGCUGGUCACCAUGAUGGGCAAGAUGGUCAUCAACAUGAUCUACUUCGUCGUGCUGUUGUUGGUGGUGCUCAUGUCAUUCGGGGUCGCCCGCCAAGGCAUCCUCUACCCGCACAACCAGUCCAGCUGGCUGCUCCUCAAAGAUGUGGUUUUUCAGCCGUAUUUCAUGUUGUAUGGUGAAGUAUUUGCCGAUGACAUUGAUCCUCCGUGCGGAGGGGAAGGACAAAUUGAGUGCGUGACUGCCAGGUGGAUUUCUCCCAUCAUCAUGUCGAUCUACCUUUUAGUCGCCAAUAUUUUGCUCAUAAACCUGCUCAUAGCAGUGUUCAACAACAUUUUCAAUGAGGUCAACGCCAACUCGCACCAAGUCUGGAUGUUUCAAAGAUUCACAGUCGUGAUGGAAUACGAACAGAAGCCUGUGCUUCCACCGCCAUUCAUCUUCAUCAGCCACAUUUACCUGCUCUACCAGUUCUGCAUGCGCAAAUACAAAGGCGAGGAGGACUCUUAUGACAACGGACUCAAGCUCUUCCUCGAAGAUGAAGACAUGGAGCGGCUGUACGACUUUGAGGAGGAGUGCGUUGAGGGCUACUUUAGGGAGAAGGACACGAAGUUGCAACUCUCCACGGAGGAAAGGAUCAAAACCACGACUGAAAGGGUUGAAAACAUGUACCAGAAAAUCGAGGACAUCAACCAAAAAGAAAACAGUCAAAACACGUCGAUCCAAGGCUUAGAGUUUCGGCUGCGCAAUUUGGAGAAUCUCGCCGAGAAGACUGCAUCGCACCUGGCCGUGAUCCACAGGUUCAUGGCGACCCACACGGGCAGCGACCUAGCCCUGCCUGAAGGAGACAUGAAGGGCUCUGAUGAGAAGCUGAAGCGGAUCAUUGAAAUGCACCCUGAGCCACCUGUAGACUCGUUCAGCGACAAGUUCUUACACCCUAGCAGGGACUACCUGGUGCGGCGACGGCCAACCAGGUCAAUGACUGAAAUCAGGCCUGACUCCUACAUGAGCGAGUCGGGAAGCGUAUUCUUCAGGGGGACUGAGGAGUCCAGGUUCGUCGGGGAACCUUUAAAGGAAGAAGAUUGUUCUUCCAUUCAGGAGGAACCAGACAAACCAACGCUGUCCAGGUCGAGCAGCCGAAGAAGUCCGACGCGGCUCUCAGCCACCGGCAGACACGAGAGCACGUCAAUUGCCUCGCUCACCGAGGCGACAGACAUGGAGGGAAACAUCAUCAGACAACACUCAGACGACCGAGAGUCACUGCCCAUUGAAUUGACAGUGCCUCAGAUGGAGACGAGAAUGCCCAGGGGCGAGACCUGGAGGCGCAGCAGCGGUACUGAAGAAGAAAGUGGCACCCUCACCACGUCGCACCCCAGCCUGCCAAGAAGGCAACUCAGCCAAACUCAAUCCGAACCAGACACAGAAAUUAGGCCUGGUCCGAGCAGCCGGCCGCCGAGGGUGGAGCGGAGCAUCUCGGUGGCUGCGAAGGUGACCUGGGCCGAGCCGCGCAUUCAGGUGAUCCCGCCGACGCCGCGCGGCGCCAUGCUCAGAGCGAUGCACUCGGAAUACACGAGCAUCACGGAUGAACUGGAGUCAGUGUGUGGGCUGCUGUCUCCACCACGGACGCCACGCCUCUUGAGUCCGCCGCGGCCCGAGGCGGCGCCGUUGAUCAAGCCCAGGCACCACUCGGACAUCUCGAACCGCGAGCUGGCCAAGCAGAUGGAGAAGGAGACGCUGCGCGAUGCCGAGGAGAGUGACUACCUUCUCAUGGAGGGCCUCAUUCAGCACCGCCUCCGUGGCGCCGCCGCUGACGGAAUCUUCACCACGGUCGUCGACGACGAAGACGAAGAGGAUGAGAUACUGGCACCUCUGCCUAGAAGGGAGUCGUCGAGAGGAGCGUUCCAGAGCAGUGGCGGCUUUUCGAGCAAUUUCCUGACGGUGAGCAACGAGAUGCCGGAGUACAGGUGUCCGCGGCUGCGUCGCUCGAGCGCCGUCGACGAGCCGCAACUGCACGUGUCGUAUAGCGAGCCAGCCUACGGAGCCGCGUGUCCGCCGUCCAUCUUCUGCACGGACACGGACUCUGACCGGCCCGUCCGGCGGCAUCAGGGCAGCCAGCGUGGCAGCCAGAACAGCCUGCUCAACGUUGUCACCGAAACCAAAAUCUAAAACUCUGGUCGUGAGAAGUUUUAACUACGUGAAUUGCAUUGUGAUUUGCACCUGCGUGGAGCAUCAAGAGUGAAAUAUCGAUUGCGGCGAAUGCUAAUUAUAUCGAGUCCCUUUGUCUUUCCCGCGCGCGCUGGUUUUGUAACAAAUUGAUAAAUUGUGCAUUCUCGGUGUUUUUGCAUUUAAGCACUUAUUAUUGGGGCACACAGACAUAAACUUUGAAACUUCAUUGAAAGAGAUUUUAUUUUAAUGAAAUUGGUCAGAGCUUGCGAACAUUGUUAGUGUUAAGCCGCUAGUAGAUAUUAUGCGAGAUGGUGAAAGUUGAUGGCAUGGCUUCCAAAAUUAUCCAGAUAAAUAUUGUAUUGGUGUUUAUUGCUCAUGAUUUACACAUUACAGUCAUAAAAAUACAAUAAAAAAAUUACAUGAACAAAAUGCAUGGCAUAAAAAUAACAAGCAGGAUCUGUAUGAACGCGCGAAACAAAAAGUUGAUCCGACGUUUUCACGUGCCACAAUGCAGCAAUAAUUCUACAAGGCCGUUUGAUUGCGUGUUUUAAUGGCCUCAAAAUCAAAAUCAGAUCUUUCUAAAAACACAAAUUUAAGUGGGUGUUGAAUGUCUUGUUGAGAAUUGAGUAGUUUUCGACUUUUACACAGAGCUUGAUAAGACACAAAUACUGAAUCAGGAUUUCCAGGUUUAUUUCCUGCAUUAAGAGCGGAAAAUUUCAAAUUGGAAUAUCUAAUUUUGACCGAUAAAUCUCUAUUAGUUGGUAGUUGCAAAUUUAUUGCAACCCUUUAAUUUUCAAACGGCUUGAAAAUACAUCAAAUUGGAGCCCAAUACCAUUUAAAAGAAAAAUUAGUCAACUCGUUUGGUUAAACCUUAUGAAAAUUAUUGACCCCUUUAUUAAUAAUUAAUAUAUCUUGGAGCACAGAAGUCAUGUCAAAAACUGGAAAAUUCUCGCUGGUGUUAUCUGGUAGCAACUCGGCCAAUUCUUAACUUCUAGUCAUUUCAAAUGAAUGUGAAGGUGGCUCGAAUGGUCGGGAUUUUUCAGCAUCUUCUCGGUUGAAUGUUCAGACCCGAUAUCACAAUGUUUUUGGUGGAAAUUUGUGUGGUGCACAUUUUGCCAUUCUGCACACCAAGUCCGAGACAGUUUGCUACUUUGGCGCGCUGCUGGUUUUUCUAUAUAUUCAAGGUUUCGCCUGAGCACAAUAUCAAUUUUAAUAACGUAAGCAUAAGCAUAAAAGAGUGCAGUGUGCGGAUUUUAGAACACCUGUCCUUUUCCGUUGACGAAUUCCAUAUCAGGACGACCACUUUGCCCCAACCCCCUCACGAAAACCUAGCACAACACUAUUAAAAAAAACAACUGCUCUAUUUUUCUAUCAUCUGUCUCCUGUCUUCUACACUGUGAUCAAGAACAAUUAUUAAAAUGCAUGUUACUCAUUAUGAUUACUAAACCCCUGCUCACAAAUCGGUACGUGAGCUUAAUGGUUAAAAUAUCUCAUUGUGUUGGAUGAAUAUAAUAGAAUGCCUUCGAACCAGGACUGGAAUUAAAAGAGCGUUUGCCCCUCCGUUCAAAAGCCUUUCAGUUAUUUGCGGCAAAUUGAACCCAACUAUAUAAGCUCUCGACUAUUGAUGAAUUUUACCCACUUGGAAAUCGAGUCUCUGUCGUUCCUCAAAUAAUUUGAAAAGCAAUAACCUUGAUGCGUUCCACCAAUUAGCACGUAAGGAUGAAACAUUGAUUUUGUUACGAUAGUGAGAAACGUAAUCUGGUUGCAGAAGUCUAAUGUUCAUGUUAAAUACUGUUAGAUUAAAUGCGAAGUGGGAUCAAUUUAACUGGUGUUACGACAGCUAGAAAAAUAUGCAGGAGCACCGAAAAAUCGCGAUUAAUUGUACAUAUAUGAUGGAUUUUAACUAGGAAAAUGCAUCCUGCGUCCCCGAAUCUUGAUUAUCAUCCGCAUUCAUUUGCUGUGAUUUUUGCAUCGUACACGGAAAUGGAAAAGCUGAAGUUUUUUGCACCCCUGGAAAAUUCUUGAGGCGAAUAUUUAAGUGUUCAGAGUUAUUUAGAAAUGCUGGUCGAAAUAUUGGGGAUGUUCGACAAUAAAAGGGAAACACAAAGAGUCCAGCGAUCAAUUUGAUUUUCUUACCGAGUGCUAGAGAAUGCGCUGAGUAUCGAGAGAAGUUCUUACCCUUGUGUACUGAAUGAUUUUGAAUAAAACUUAAUUUCGUACCUCGAAAUUCUGUACAUCAAAA